GCAGAGAGUGAGCUGGUGUCUUUGCAUGCAUUUACAUCAGCAUCAUUUCAGGAAAAAACCUCUGCUGCCACAGCUCAAGUCAUCCAGGGAGGAGGAUGCACGAGGCAGACCAAGGGAUGGGAAGAGACACGGGCUCGUGUGGUGGGGAGCACCUCAUCAGCAUUUACAAGGUGCAGUGAUUGAUGUCCACUGUGUGCCUCAGCAGUGGGAGCUACACCAGGUUUUCAUCCUCAGAGACCAAAAGCAGCAGACAGCUGCAUCAGGAAAUACUCUGAUUCAGGGUGGGUUGUGACUGAUGGCAGACAUGGAGACUUUCUAAAUGGACAGGAAUCAUAAAAUCAGAACCUCCUGACGAUCGCAGCAUCAUCCUCUGGACUACAAGAUAGCCUUUGACCUCAUUUUCAAGCCACUGUUUUCUGGCCGUACUUCCUGGCUUUGAAGGAUGGGUGAUGGGCCUGUGACUGCUCCUGCCUGCCUGCCUCAUCCCACCCUUCAAUGGAGCCGAUGUGGAACUCCUCCCACCCACCUCCACAGCUCAUGUCCAACAUGUCUGCCUCCUAUCUGCCCGAGGGCUGGGCUCUGUCCCAGUCGCUAGCCCUGCUGGCCAUGCUGCUCAUGGAUCUGCUGGCUGUGGUGGGUAAUGUGGCUGUCAUGGCGGUCAUUGCUAAGGCCCCGCAGCUCCACAAGUUUGCCUUUGUUUUCCACCUGUGCGUGGUGGACCUGCUGGCAGCCCUGGUGCUGAUGCCUCUCGGCAUGCUCUCAAGCCGAGCCUUCUUCGGGGAAGCCCUGUGCCGGAGCUACCUCUUCCUCAGUGUGUGCCUGGUUAGCGCUGCCAUCCUCUCUAUCUCUGUAAUCAAUGUGGAGCGGUAUUACUACAUCAUACACCCGAUGCGCUAUGAAGUGAAGAUGACUGUUGGCCUGGUAGCGUCAGUUCUGGUGGGGAUAUGGGUCAAAGCCUUGGUCAUGUCUGUUCUGCCGCUGCUCGCUUGGUUCCUGCAAGGUGGACGAACUCCUCUUCUGGAGAGUAGUGGGGUUGGGGGAGGAGGAGGUGGGGCUGUCCCAUCUCCACCUGCUCAGGGUCACAGGCGCUGUUCACUACAUUGGACAGGUGGAGGGUCAAACCGUUUGGCCUUUAUGGUCCUGUUCACUCUGGUGUAUUUCUUGUGUCCACUACUGGUCAUUCUUGUUGUGUAUUGCAAUAUGUUCAAAGUGGCUCGGGUAGCAGCCAUGCACCAUGGGCCUCUGCCUACCUGGAUGGACACGCCUCGUCGCCAGCGGUCAGAGUCACUCAGCAGCCGUUCCACUAUGGUCACCAGCUCUGGGACGGGGACUGGGACGGGCAGAGCGACUCCGCAGCGUCCCUUUGGGGGAGGAAAGGCUGCAGCAGUGUUGGCAGCAGUCGGCGGACAAUUCCUCUGCUGCUGGUUGCCCUACUUUACUUUUCACCUGUAUUCUGCACUGGCUGCCAGCCCUCCAGCCACACUCGCCUCGCUGGAGGAGGUGGUCACCUGGAUUGGCUACUUCUGCUUCACGUCCAAUCCCUUCUUCUACGGCUGUCUCAACAGACAGAUCCGGGAGGAGCUGGGCAAGCACCUGCCCUGUCUGUUUCGUCGAGCGGGGGUUGAGUUGGAGGACAGACUGCCCAGCCGUGAAGGAUCCAUAGAGGAGAAUUUCCUUCAGUUUCUUCAGGGCACCGGCUGCAACUUGGAUCCUCAAAACUCUCACAGCACCUCCAGCCCUAAAGGGGAGGCCUGCUGCCCUGUGGCUCAGUCCCAACCAGCGGAGCCAGCGCAGCCCAUACCGAUAGAUUUCCGUAUCCCUGGACAAAUUGCAGAGGAGACUUCAGAGUUUAUUGAGACUGAACAGGCGAAAAACAACCAUAUAUACACAGACAAUUAAGUUCUAAUGUCUUUAUUUCCUAAAAAAUUAUUUCAAUCAUUCAAAUAUGAACUGUGCCAGGAGUUAUUUCAGUGAAAACAUGUUUCUCUAUUUCUACUGAAAGCUGUCCAACAGGUAGCUCAGUUAAUUAAAAUGACUUUAAAGUAUAUCUUCGAAUCAUUGCACUUUGCAUCAUCAGAUUUCAUCCUUAAAAAGUCACAAUUAAAUGCAGUUGUUUCAGAUGCAUUUCUGUUGUUUGUGAACAGGGAAAUUACUGCUUGAGUUUAAAAAUGGCAAAAACAACCUUCCACACUACACUGCUCAGCUCUGUACAGUACAUGGCAUUUAUGACAACUAUUGGUGUAACUUGUUAAAGCCUUUUUAAAGAUAAAAACAUUGAUCAUACAUAUGUUUGAUUCGGUGAAGGUCACUUCUUCAGAGUUAAAUGUUUUCAGAACAUCCCUUUGCUGAAAUACACAACUCCCUCACAAUUACUGACUUUACUAUUGUGUGAUGAAGCUCUGCUGUGAGAACAAUCACCUUUGGUGUUCAGAAAUGAAGAUUAAACGGCUCCACACACCAACUGAUACUGCAUUUGUAACUGCCAAAUCAAUCAUGUUUUUGAGACUCAGCUAAGUUGAUUAUUUUUGAAUAAGUAAUGUCAAAGAAGACAGCAAUAAAAUACACAAAAUUACAAGUAUUUCGGGAAUCAACUGAGGGAAUAGCACUACUGUCACUUUUAAUUGGUAGCUGUGCUCUCAUCAGUGAUAAUGCCACUUUUAACCCUCAUGCCAGUCUAAUUAUAAUCGAUUAGGAGGCGUAUGUAUCGUGGCUGAACUCUCAUGGAAUUGCAGCGAGUUGUUUACAGAUAACCACCUGACUUUUCCUUUCUUUGGUGCUUGUCCAAACACAUCUUUUAUUUUUAUUUCCUGAACAGCAGAUCUGUUGUGAUUCAGUUCGGGAUGCAGGUUAACUUCAUAACUCAUCUUAAGAGUCACCCAGCUUUCUGCCAUGUGAUGUAUUUAUCAGUGUAUUUGGAUAUAGAUCUUAAAAAUCAGUAUUCUCUUCAUGACUGCAUUACGUUCAAAUAUGAUUCUAUUUCUUACAUUUGUUAAAUGUACUAAAUUGUAUGUUAUGUUUGGUAAAACUGUAUAAGUUUGGGUUGUGUGUUUCACCCAGCACACCCAUUUUUCUUUUUAUUGGUGUAAAUUUGUUAUGAUUUUCAUUACAAGGAAGCUGAUGUAUUUUGACAUGUAUGCAGUAACUGCCUUCUUUAUUUGUUUUUUAACCCAGAAGGAGAAUAUAUUUAGAUUUAGUUUGACUCCCCUGCUCAUCAGGGUUUUUACAGUACCUCACAUGCAGGAAGAAAACAUUAUGUUACAGUCCUGCGCAGGUCAGUGUCAAGUACGACUCCUGCACACUUUAUUCUGAUGUUGCAAGGAGAAUAAAGCAGGUGCGACUUGCUCGUUUAUUAGUAAUGAGGGUGCAGAAUUUGCUAAUCUUUUGAUGAUGACAUGAAGUGGUCUUUUAUAGCAAACUGUUAGGGAUCAAUAUGAUAAAUGUAUAAUGUUUGAUUGAAAUGACUUUCUUACGUAACGUGGAUACAGGGUUUUUAAGAUAUUUUUUGAGUGACGAUGCCAAUCCAAAAUCAAAAGCUUGUUGAGCUUGAUAUCCUCUUUUCAUCCCGUCUGAAUAUCCCAAACUGUGAAUGAUGUUUGUGUUAGGAUUUUCACUUGUUCAGAGGUUGUUUUUUAUGCUGUGAUUAAAAUAAAAGAAUGACUUCCACUGUACUGCAAGGACAUGAAUGUGUUUUAGAAAAAUACACGGCUAAAAGUUGAGUGAGAGAUGCUGUUGUAAUAAAGAGUUUCUAUGUUUGUAAAACAUUUUGGAUGCAUUCUCAUGAUUUUACCAACGUCAUGGGGCUGCUGCUCGCACCAAUAGAGAAAGACUCCAAAUAUAUGUGGCUUAUUUUACCUAGCGUCUUAGUGUGUGUGGCUUAAUCGCUCUGCUUUGCUUUGAUAUUUCAUUGCAAAGAGGAGGGUGGGAGGAUACAGUUCAAACACUUUGACCUUAAGGUAACAUUUAAACUUCAAAAGGCUAAAGCCAGUGGAAUGACCUUCAUCAGAGAGGAAAGAUAAAACCGUCGAUAGAUAGAUAGAUAGAUAGAUACAUAGAUAGAUAGAUAGAUAGAUAGAUAGAUAGAUAGAUAUGAAAUGCAUCCUGCCACUGACGCUGUGUGUUCAGUUGGAAGAUGCUGGUGUGCGACAGGCCUCACACCUCAACGAUGGACCUCAGUCAAACCGCCCCCAGCUUCGCCAGGCUCUGCCAUCCCCAUGGCAAUUAUUACCUAGUGACAUUUCUCAGUGCUGUAGUGGGCGGGAGGAGGAGCGUACUCUAUUGGGAAUCCAACAAGACACCCUUAUCUGAGACUUCUUAAAAUACAUUCUCCAGACUAAACCACAGCUGACAUUUUUUGUUGGUGUUAUUUUUUUUUUUCAGAGUCUUGGGAUUGCUUGUAUGAGUAGCUCAUACUGUAAACUGGAAUAAUACUCUCUGUUCUAUUCUGCUGUUUGGAAUGACCUUUGAUUAUUUCCUGGUACUUUUGGACUGGUUUACAUUUGUGUCAUAUUUGCUGAAAGUGUGUCUGUAUUCUGAAAGAAGUACCUGAGACUGAUCAUCUGUGAAAGAAAUUAUGUCCCUCGUCUUCCUUCUGUUUCAAGUAGAGUUUGCAAAAAUGUACUGUGGUGCACCAAAAACAAUUCCAAUCAGAUAUGCAACAGAAAAAAGAUUCUCGCUACCUAACGCUAAAACAAAUAUAAUGCAGAAAACAGUCCUGCACAGAGCCAUGUUCAGGUGGAAUUUAAUGCCAAUGUAUAUUGUUCAAGAGAAUAUUAAGGACUGCUUCAUAAUUGUGUUAAAACAGCAUCUGCAAACAUUUCAGGAACAAUGAAUUGUAUUCGUAAAUUAUAGACAUGAUGCUUGUAUUGUGAAAGUAGAAAUCUCCCUUGGAAGAUAACGAGAUGUGUUAUUUAAUACCCUGUUUUCUUGGAAUUAAAUGUGUGAAAGCGCAGGAUGGGUAAUACAUAUUUCAAGGUCAGACAGUCUAGG